ACUUUACUUCACCUACUUCUGACGUUCCGGAUUUUUCAGUCAGUCUGGUCAGUCUCAGUUUGUCAGUUUUCACUGUUUUUCAGUUUCUGUCUAUCUCAGUCUUCAGGAAAUUAUAGUGAAAAAAUGGAAAUCACGAUCAAACGUAGGAAAGCGACGUGGUGGCGAUAUCUAUGUGUCACUAAUUUGAUGAUGUAGCCAUGUAGCAUACAUUUGCAAGAAAAAGUGAAUAUCUUACAAAGUUUCAUAUCGCGUAAAUUAUUCAUUCAAUCAUUCAGGACUCCACUUCCCCCGGCAGUCAGCCAAUUCAAAGGUCUCAUGCUGCAGAAUGAGCUAAUCUUGAAGUUUCAGUGCACUGGGCAGCUGUCAUGGACUGUCCAAAAUGCGUAGUACUUUUCAGUGGAAAAAGAAAGUCGGGCAAAGAUUUUGUUGCAGAGCGAGUCUUUAAUAGAUUGGGUGCUGAGCAUGCCGUUAUCAUCAGAUUAUCCGCUCCCAUCAAAAGUCACUGGGCAGAGAAGGAAGGUCUCAGUCUGGCUGAGCUGAUGGGCACCAGUGAAUACAAGGAAACUUAUAGAAAGAACAUGAUCAAAUGGGGAGAAGAAAAAAGGCUAGAAGACCCGGGUUAUUUCUGUCAAGCAGCCAUCAAAAUGACUAAUGCAAAUUUAAAACCAGUUUGGAUCAUAAGUGAUGCACGGAGGAUGACUGAUCUGGAGUGGUUUCAGAGCCAUUACGGAAAUAGUUUAUUGACAGUUCGCAUUAGAGCAGAUAUUGAUGUGAGGAAAAAAAGAGGAUGGAUUUUUACACAAGGAGUUGAUGAUGCAGAGACAGAAUGUGGCUUAGAUUCAGUGAAUAGCUGGGAUGUAAUAAUCGAUAAUAAUCAUAGUGAGGAUUAUUUGGAGGAAAAAAUUGAUGAAAUAUUGAAUUGGGUAAAAAAUAAAUUGUCUUCAUGACUUCAACUAGCUACCUAGAUUUUACCCAACUAUUUGAUGUCAUUACUACCAAAUAGAUUGUACUUUGGUUUUUUGGGUUGAACAAAUACUACUCUUGGAAAUGUUUUUUCCAGGUUUAAAUUAAAAGCAAAAGUACCACCAAUUGAAAUAGAAGUCGGCAUCUGCUAUUUUUACAAAUAACAUCAUUUGCUUCAUUACUUUCUGAAAAAUUAACAAAUUAGUCUAAGACUUGGCACAUGUCCUGUUUAGGUUUAAAGGAUUUUAAAAAGCCAUCAUUUGUGAAGUGGCAUUUUUGUGACACAAGAUAGAAAAUUAUUGUUUUACAUAAAUUUAUUGUACAUCAUAAUUAAAAUAUUUUUAUCCUCAGCAUAAAAUAUCUUUGAAGUUGAUCCGUUCAAGGAGCUUUGUAUUCAGUAACUAGCGUGCUUGCCAAAUUAGUUUGCCAACGUUUAAAGUGUGGCAGAACAUCUGAUCAUGGGCGAAAUUACUAUGGGGCCUAGGGAGGGGGAGGGGAUUGUCCCCCUCAGAAAUCUACUUGCCCCCUUCUAAGAAUUGUAAGAGAUUUUGCUAAAUAAGUGUGUUACAUAUUUUUCACCUUUUAAUUUUUAACUUGAUCAAUUUGUUCUUGAAAAUUGCUCUGAAGACGACCCAAUUUUUUAAAAUUUUCCGUGGGAGCUCCCCUGGACUUCCUCUUAGCCCAAGAAAAUUUUCGGGGUCCUCUUUUGGACCUAGGAGUUUCCCAUAAGUCCCCCUUGAUGGGGCGUUUUUUAUGCUCCCUAAAUCUUCCUUAACAAGGUGUCCUUCUAGCUGCAAGCAGUUCCUAGUUUCAUCCGUGGAUCCGAAGUCUUCAUUUUAGAAUUUAAACUGAAUGCAGAAAUGAACAUGAUUUAUCUUCUUCCUCUCUUUAAAAGUUGGCCGACCUGUUCACGAGAAAUUCUAUUCAGAAGAAAUCUAUUCAAAGAAUUCUAUUCAAAGAAUUUUAAAGACCGCCUCUUAUAUUAUUAGUUGUGCCGUGUUUUAAAAAAGCAAUGAGAAAAAAAAGAUCAUCACCUAACACAGCAUUGUUAUAUCUUGAUGUAAAUUAUAUUUACAUGUGCACAUGUAUUAUACCCAUACCAGCCUUUUUAUCGGUCAUUUUAGGUAGGAGAUGGGAAGAACCAUUAAAUUUGGAUUCCUUCCGGAAAGUUCUUACUUGAUCCUUACUGUCUCCGACUUGAAACAACCAAAAAAAUGCCUGUCACAGGUGAUUUGGGACACCUUGUAUGUAUGUCUCUUUCGUCCCUCUUUCUGAUAAACUAUGAUGCCUUAUUAUUUAUAUUAUAGAAUUUUCUACACAGUGGAAAAUCUAUCAACCAAAAAAAAACAUAUCAUUACAUUUUUAAGUACUUAGGUUUAAAAAAUUGUUUUUAUAUGUUAGUAAACCCAGUUGUCAAGGAUCAAGGUAACUUGUCGUAGGGUAAUUUUUAAGUUUUAAGUUGUUCAAUUUAAGUUCAUUGAAGGAAACCUACUCAUUCUUCUUGAUGCAGCCCUUUUUAUUGUCCCUCAAUGGCUUAGUGUUACUGAUUUGGAACAGUGCUUUUUUGAGUUUUUAAAAGCUGAACAAUUCCUAUGCGGAAUUUUCAGAUCUUUAUAUAUCCUUGGAAAUUAAGGAAUCACAAAAGUGCACCUGAAAGACCUCAAAUAUGCCAAAUUUUUUAUGGUUAGGUUAGGUAUUCAUGACUGUUCUGAACUAAAGUUUCUUUAAAAUUUUGUUGUGGAGACUCCAAAUGCCCAGUGGCGUUUUUGGUAGGUUUGAUAUUUUGCCUGGUCACCAACAGGCAGGAGAGAAAAAGAAAAAGACACCGGAAGAAAAGAAAUUUUGAAGACGUCCUGUUAGGUUUUUACAAUUGCUGUACAUUCUUGCAAGUCCUUGAAAUUUCCUUGAUUUUGCUAAAUUGGACUUUUCUCAAAGACCAUGGAUUUAGUCAUGAAGAGCUGCUAUGAACCAUGUGCAUGAAAGAUAAAGCAACUUCAAUGUUAACUGUUCCAAUCCAAAUACUCUUGAUUAUUAAUUUUUUUAUACUUUUAAAGAUGGCUGGGAAAUUAGUGUGUAACUCGAAUUUUUUGUGAUGGUUUCAGAUCAGUUUUUGAUUAUGGGAUACAAUUGUCAAAUAGUUAAAUUAUGCAGAGCGUGCUACGAAAAUGGUGCCAUGAUUUUAUCACAAUUCCUCACUUUCAAAUUUAUCCCUCCCGACGAUGAGAGAGCGGAAUAAGUAGAAUUUGAACUUUUUAAAAUGGCAAUUUGAAACGCUGAAAAUUCUGAAAUUAUUACCAAAUGAACUUUGCUUACAAUGAAUUACAGAACAUUUAGAAUCUUAAAAAAAUCAUUAUAAAAGAUGGUUUUCAGCUCCCACUUUUUGUAACAUUACCAACUUGGUAAAAUAAAAAAUAAAAUAAAUAAAUAAAUACAAAUUUCGACUGAGAAAACCUAGGAAAAAGAUUUUUUCAUUCAUAGCAAAAAGAAGACAUUUUGUGAAAAGCUGGGUUUUGGAACCUUAUCUCCAUCAGGUAGCCAGGUGGAGUUGAUAUUCUUGUAUGUUACUAUGCCCGUCUUCCACCCCUGGAUGUCAUAUUGAAACACUUUGAAACAGGGUAUUUGUUGAAAAAUUAUGAUUUAAGGUAUAUUUAUUUUUGUAACUGAGAGAUGUCAGUUAUGUCUAUUUUAUAUUCUGUAAAAUUUUUUAAUUUCGCGCAUUGAAUGAGUGAAAUAUCACUAUGCAUAAGUCUGUUCUUUGUUUUUUACUUGUUAAUUGACUUCUAUAACUUUUAUAGUUUCAAGUUUCAAAAUAUAUCUGUGCAUUGGAGGUGAUGGUGACCUUAAGAAUAAAAAUUUUCUGUAACCUUUC